AACAACUUCUGGGACUUUCAGUAUCUCCAUCCCGAGACCACGCAUAUGCAACAAUGGGUCAUGUCCGAUCGCGCAAUUCCCCGGUCGUAUCGUAUGAUGUCGGGCUUCGGUGUCAACACUUUCUGUCUCGUCAAUGCCGAAGGCAAGCGUCACUAUGUGAAGUUCCAUUUCAACCCCGAGCUUGGUGUUCACUCCCUGGUAUGGGAUGAAGCGCUGAAGAUCGCUGGGCAGGAUCCCGACUUUCAUCGCAAGGACCUCAUGGAUGCCAUCGACGCCGGCCAGUACCCAAGAUGGAAGUUCGGCAUCCAGGUUAUUCCUGAAGAGAAGAUGAACGACUUUGAGUUCGACAUCGAAGACGCUACCAAGAUCUGGCCUGAGGAGCUGGUGCCUAUCCAGUACAUCGGGCAACUGGAACUGAACCGCAACAUUGACGAAUACUUCACACAGACCGAGCAGGUAGCUUUCUGUACCAGCCAUCUUGUUCCCGGCAUCGACUUCUCCAACGACCCCCUCCUCCAGGGCAGAAACUUCUCGUACUUCGAUACUCAGCUUUCUCGCUUGGGGCCUAACUGGGAGGAACUGCCUAUCAACCGCCCCGUGUGCCCGUAUAUGAGCCUCGUCAACCGCGACGGCGCCAUGAAACACCGCAUCACCAAGGGCAAGGUGAACUACUGGCCCAACCGGUACAGUACCAACCCGCCUACCGCGCCCGAGAAAGGGGGCUUCGCCACCUAUCCCGAGAAGCAGCAGGGCUUCAAGACUCGUGGACUGUCGGACAAGUUCAAUGAACACUUUAAUCAAGCCCAGCUCUUCUACAACUCGCUUUCGCCCAUCGAGAAGCAGCACGUGGCCAAGGCGUUCUCCUUCGAGCUUGAUCACUGCGAUGAGGAAAUCGUGUACAAGCGGUUAUCCGAACGCUUGGCUGUGGUCGACCUCGAGCUGGCCAAGACCGUGGCAAAGAACGUUGGCGGUGACACACCCACCGAGGCCGGUAAGCCGAACCAUGGCAAGACCUCCAAGGGACUCAGUCAGCUCGAGUAUCUUUCGGAUGAAGCACAGAUCGCGACUCGCCGGAUUGCUAUUCUGAUCGCAGACGGAUUCGACUAUGAGUCCUAUGUGAAAAUGAAGGAAGCUCUGCAGAAGCAGAACGCAUUCGUCUUCACCAUCGGUAGCCAGCGCCAGGGUGUCACAGCGGAGUCCGGUGAGAAGGUGACCCCAGAUCACCAUUUCCCGGGGAUGCGAUCGACUCUGUUCGAUGCAGUGUUUGUCCCUGGAGGGAAACACAUGGCUAUCUUGGCCAAGAACGGCAUAGCUAAAUACUGGAUCACCGAGUCGUUUGCCCACCUUAAACCGAUUGCCGGUAUCAAUGAGGCCGUUGACUUCAUCCGGAAGCAAAUCAAUCUGGACGCAGUGGAGCAUGCCGCGAGUGGUGAGGUGGUGGAGAGUUACGGUGUGGUCACCGGCCGUGGUUCUCCAGCGGAGCUGCUGCAGCCAUCGUCCGAGAUUGGUAGGGACAGCAAGGGAUUCCUCGACCGAUUUAUCUGGCAGAUCUCGCGGCACAGAAACUGGCAGAGAGAGUUGGAUGGCCUAGUCGAUGAAAUCGCUGCCUAGGUGGCUAACAUCAGUACAUAGUUAUGAGAUAUGAU